AUGGAAUCGUCGCUGUUCGAAGACCUUGUUUGUUUCUUGCAGAAAGAAGAGCUUGUGUUGAAGGCUUUGCGUGCCACGAAUUUGAAAGCAUGCUUGCGGACAGGGACAGGCACCAAAGGAUACGAAGCAAAUGCAGAGCGAGCCAAGUAUUAUAGAAUUUACAAUAAGAUUGAGAAGUCAGUAACAGCUGACCAAAAAGCUACUCUAAUGGAUUGGGAUCGAAGGCUUUGCAGUGAGGCGGAGGACAUUGAUUUUGCACGGUUGCUUGCCAUAUUUGCAAGCCGUGAAGAGGAGCUGAAGCAAAUGAGAAAACCGAGCCUCGAAGCAUGCUUCAACAGCAACCUGAGCAAUGAAGACAAAGACUUAAAGUUUUGCCGAAAUUUCUUCAAACGCAAAAAAACAAGUUGGACAGAUGAACAGCAAAAGGUUGUGGAUGAAUGGGAGGAGAAGAUUUGUGGCGAUGGUGCGGGGUUAUGUCCUGCCAUCGAUGCAGCUUUCACGCGUUUGCUGACUAUACUGGAAAACCGUGAAGAUGAAUUGCGACAAAUGCGAAAAACAAGUCUCGAAGCAUGUUUCAACAGCAGCCUGGGCAAUAGAGACAAGGACUUAAGGUUUUGCCAAAAUUUCUUGAGGCGCAAAAAAGCAAGUAUGACAGAUGAACAGCAAAAGGUUGUGGAUGAAUGGGAGGAGAAAAUUUGUGGCGAUGGUGCGGGGUUAUGUCCUGCCAUCGAUGCAGAUUUCACGCGUUUGCUGACUAUACUGGAAAACCGUGAAGAUGAAUUGCGACAAAUGCGAAAAACAAGUCUCGAAGCAUGUUUCAACAGCAGCCUGGGCAAUAGAGACAAGACAAUGAUCUUGGUUUUGGACGGAACUUUUUCCGUCGGCGGAAAUAUGUUGACGGAUGAGCAGCACAAGGUUCUUGAGGACUGGUCUGCCAAGAUUUGUUGCCAUGAGCAUGUUGAUGAUGGCUUUCGGCGCUUUCUUUCAACUUUGCAUGCUCGAGCACAGGAGCUGUCUGCCUUGCGCAAAUGUGACCUGAAAGGCAUCUUUUCGUCCCAUAUUUGCAAAAAACAUUCGGAGUUGAAAUUUUGUCAAAACUUUUGGCGGCGCAACGCAGAAAAAUUUAGUCCCGAGCAAGAGGAACAAGUGGAGGAUUUGAAAGCAGGAAUUCUUUGGCCUCAUGCGCAAGACGAUCGUGCGGCGUUGCGGCCCGCGGUUGUGAGGAUGUUGGAGAAAUUUGAAAACAUACUUGCACGCAAAGGCGCAGAUUUUCGCGGCUUUGGGGCUGCAAGUGUUGAUGGUCUGUUUACCGGGCACGCGAAGAAAUCUGAUUGUGAGGUUAGAUUUUGUUACGAUUUUGUCAGCCGUGUGUUUCCCAAACUGGAAGAUUCGGAGCAACAGCGACUUCGCAUCAAACUGGAUGACCUGUUGUUGAAAAGCUGCUCGGAUAGAGCUGCUAGCUUUCUGCGGGCUCACCCUCGGGAAGUUGCGCUGCAACUCACUUGGGGUCAGCGACUGGUGGUUCCGGGAGCUCGUGAGGCAUACGCAGUCGCAACCUAUGAACGAGAGGCCAUGGGUCGUAGCCUCGGCUUCACAGAAGCCACCAUAGCAACGUCAAUUCCUCCCGGAACUGGACGUGCGAAGUUGUGUUCCGCGUCCAGCAUGGUCGAGACGGCGCUGGAGAGUCAGACAAGCACGGCGGCAAGUGUGCAGCCACCUGUGGUGAAUGACUAG